AUGGUUCGACGAGAGUAUAGACAAGCCAAUAGCGGUGUUGACCAAGAUCCAGAAUAUCACUCCGAGGAUCCUGGGAGAACGGGACUUCUGCACCGUAAACUGAAAACAGAGUCAGAGAAAGAGAAAGAGGGAAAGGAUAAAGUAAGAGUUCACGGUAACAUCACGAUGUCAGGCCGGCGGUUCACAGGCUAUACAGAGGAAGAUACACUCAGCCAUCAUCACCGCCACGGAACCUUGUACGAGACAGGCGCUUGGAUCCAGUUUCUCGUGCUUGAUAACCAAGUUGAAGACUCGGACACCACCCAAUCGCCACUGCACCUGCAAUUUCGCGAUUGA